CGUCCCGUCCCUCCUCUUUCCUCCGAGGAAACUUUCCGCCGGCUGGUCCAUCGGCGUGUCCGGCCGCACCACAGUGCGAACCGAGGAAGGCGGACGGGGCGGCCCGGCCCGGGUGUAUGCAGCCACCGGGAAGUCGCAGCUGCCGGGGGCAGGCAGCGGGACGCUGACGGGGUGGAGGAGCUGCCCGAGGAGUGAGUGCCUCCGGCCUUGGAGGACCUGACCUGGCUGACCUCGCAGGCUGACAGCCCCAGGACCAUGGAUGCCCCAAGGAAGGACAUGGAGCUAUUCAGCAACAGCCUGGCGGCCUAUGCACACAUCCGAGCUAACCCCGAGAGCUUCGGCCUCUACUUCGUGCUGGGCGUCUGCUUCGGUCUGCUGCUGACCUUGUGCCUGCUAGUCAUCAGCAUCUCCUGCGCACCUCGCUCGCGGCCCCGGGCCCCUGCUCCGCGCCGGGACCCUCGCAGCAGCACCCUAGAGCCGGAAGAUGAUGAUGACGACGAGGAUGAGGACACCAUGACGAGGCUGGGCCCUGAUGACACGCUCCCGGGCCAGGAGCUGUCCACUGAGCCCGACGGGCCCCUUAGUGUCAAUGUCUUCACCUCAGCAGAAGAGUUGGAGCGGGCACAGCGACUGGAGGAGCGAGAGCGAAUCCUGCGGGAGAUCUGGCGCACUGGGCAGCCAGACCUUCUGGGUACCGGCACGCUCGGGCCCGGAGCCACAGCCACCGGCACUCUGGGCCGUAUGCACUAUUAUUGACACACAAACCGCAGCGCGAGGCCCAGAGUACUGGACAUGGGACUAACCAGUGUUGCCCCAGGGCCUUCGAACUGCCUCUGCCCCAAUUCUCCUGGUGCUAUUAGGCGUGGAUCGCCGCCUGUUAUGCACUCUUCACUGGGCAGGUGUGGGUGGGAAAAGGAUGCCAGGUCCCACCUGCUCCUCCUGGUAAUAAUGAAUGACCAAUGAAAGCUAGUUUCAGCGA